GAGAGCAUUCUCUCUGGGCAAGGAAGCAGGGGAGUGGAAGAGUUCCAAAGGAGCAGGGAUGCAGAACAGAACUAGUCUCGUUCUCUGUGCCCUUGCUCUCCUGACGGGCUUCCUGAUGAUCUGCUUGGGGGCCUUCUUCAUUUCCUCAGGAUCAAUAUUCAACUGUCGAGGGAAUCUGAUCCUGGCCUACAUGCUUCUGCCACUGGGGUUUGUGAUCCUUCUGAGUGGAAUUUUCUGGAGCACCUACCGCCAGGCAAGGGAAAGCAAAGGAGUGUUCACCCAUGUGCUCAGAAGACACCUUUCUCUUGGGGCACUGCCCCUGGCCACAGUUGACAGGCCAGAUUUCUACCCUCCUGCGUAUGAAGAGAGUCUUGAUGCAGAGAAGCAACCUUGUCCUGCAGAGGGAGACGACUUGGAUGUCCCUCCACCUCUAUACACGGAGAUGGGCCUUGAAUCCGAGGCUGCAGCUGAUGCCCACCCAGAGCCCCCCCCUUCCUACGAGGAGUCUGUAGCAGGCCAGGUGUCAGCAGCCACGCCACUGAAGGAUGCUGAGAGGCAAAGCCAGGGAUGCUGACGCAGGCGACACUCCCUCGUGCUCAGGAUGCACGUUCGUGGACUACAGCUGCUGGUAAUAAACGCGGGCACCAGACUAUGGGAGGGAAAGCAUCCUCCGGGACCCCCAGGAGCACUAACCAAGGAGAUGCUGGGGAUGACAGCCAUGCAGUUCCGCCGAUGUGCUUGGCCUGUAAGGGCUCCGGAAGGGUGCAGUCAGCAACGGGCAACAUUUCAAAGGAUUCGCACUAAUCACAGCCCAGAUGGGCUCUGGGACCGGUUUUUUGGAGCUCUGCUCCAAGAGGCUUUUGGCUGUCACUCAACCCCUCCCAUCACCUCAGCCCCUAGAGGAGAGAAAUGAGUGCUGCUCGUGAGGCAGCCCAGCGCCUUCAGGCACUACAUCACCCAACAACCACGAAAGGAAAGUGUGCAGGAAACGAGGGGUUUUCGUGGCUUACUUUGCGGGUUUUUGUUGGCUGGUGUCAUAGUUCUCUCCGCUUACCAUAUUACCAGAGGGACACUGUAACCCACACCAUGGGAGAUGUGCUUCUGGAAGCCAUUGGUGUUACUUCGUAUUACUUUAAUUUGUGUAUUUUAUUUCUAUGUGGAAAACAACUAUAGUAUUUCCUUUCAAAAUGGCUCAAACACAAAAUAUCUUAAAAAUGGGAUGGUUGUACAAGAAGAGAUGACAAGGUUUCUUAAAGACUCAAGUGGGACAGACAGAAUACCUAAAAAUCCAUAAGACACAGAAUUCAGAGGGGGAAACUGUACUAGCCAUAAGUAGUAUUAGUAUAGAUUUUGAUGUAAAUCUUGAAAGGCAUUAAAAUACUCAUGUGAAUUUCAAUAAAUCCCCCUGAAAAUCUCUAGAAUUGAAAGAAAGGAGACUAUACUGUAGUACUUUGAUACUUAAGAGACAAUUCUUUGUGUCUCAAGAUAUAGAGCCAUGCAUUUUUUAGACUUGGUAUAUUUAUUUUAAAACCCACUGAUUUUUCCUCAGCUUUAUUGUACUUUAUUAUGGGUUUUAACACAAGAGGACAUGUCGGGUGGCAGGACAGUGGGAAGAGAAGCAGCCUGGUGCUUUAGAGCUUGGACAAGAAUCUUUCAUCUGUCUGGGUCUCAGUUUCUUGCUCAGUCAAGUCAGGAAUUUAUGCUGGGAUUAUUAUCUAACAGUUACAGAAUGUCUUUUAUAUCAUGGGUUCUGUGCUGUGAACUUUUUGGGCUUUUUGUUCAGCCCUCAUUUUAUCCUUCAGAAAUAAGUGCAAUGGUUAGUCCCAUUUUACAGAUGCAUGAACUGAGACUUCAGAGUGUUAAGAAACUUUGCCCAAAGCAUACAGUUGUUUCCAGUAGAGGGGUGUAAGAGGGUGUAUUUACUUCAAACAUUUGUGCUAGGUUAACCCUGUCUCAGCUCCCUUCUCUCACAGAGCAGUUUGGACUUCUUUCCAGCUUCAGAAAGUGGGUCCCAACAAGAAGUAGAGCCCCAGCACUGGUGCAAAUACCUUAUAGGCCUUGAGGAAGACAGAGAGCUUGCUCUAGAAUUCUCUUUUAUAUUUUUUAACUUAAAAAAAUUUAAAAUUUUUUCACCAUAUUUGACAUAUAAUAGGGUUCUCUUUUAACAUGUAAAUACACGCUCCAUAUUUUCUGCCUAAGAGCUUGACCCUCACUUCUUGAAGUUUCCUUCUCUCUGAUCAUUCCAUCGAUGAUGAAUAGUGGCUCCUGCUGGUGACAGGCAGUCCUCAGUGAAUGGGCAAGAGGGGGACUUGAAUAGUGGUGGCGAGGAUGAAGAGCUUUCAAGGAGGAAGAGGGUUGUUGAGAUGGAAUGGAGCCUCCAUGGCCUCCUCUUCCCAUUUUUGCUGAGUGUACAGAUUAAGCAUAUCUUGACAAAUACACAAGGAAGCCACAUAAGAAGAAAUCCCGGUCCCUUUAUAUGAAACAUGCAUUUGGGCCUCUGGGAUUUGAAUCCUUGACCUCAAGGGCAUAACUGAUACGAAGGUCACUCAUGGUUGUUCGAUGAGAAGGUGACUAUUUCUUAGCAAUGCAAUUUGUUAUUUCUCUCUUGUCAUCUCUUUCUAUCCCUUUACUGAGACUGUUAACCUGAAAUUGUUUCUGGGGUCUGAACACGUCCAUGGGCCUGAACCAACUCUGUCACUGGGCUUUCAGCCAGAGUGUGCAUGUGUCAUAGGUGGCUUUUCCAACUUCUGGUAGUCAUAUGAAACAUGUUAAUUUUGGUUUACAUAAGAAAAUUGUUUUGGUCUCUUUACUGCAAUAAAUUUUGUACUUAAACUUC